AUGCGAACAGCAACUUUGUUUUACGUAUUUUUAAAUUGGCUAUCUAUUGUUGUGUGUGUGUUGUUGUUGUUGUUAUGCCCCACAUUGACGGAGCGCGUGCGCUCGUGUGUUGCGGCAGGUGGCGCGGCGGGGGCGGGGCGUGGGGCGAGGGCGCGGGCGGGGCGGCGGCGGCGGCGCGCGGAGGAGGAGGCAGCGCGUUGCCGCGGCGGCCUGGCCGCCGCCCUGCUGUCGCUGGCGCUGCUGUCGCUCUGCCUGUCGGCGGCGUGCUGCACGAGCAGCCGGCCAUCGUCGCCUACGAGCCGCCGCCGCGCUCGCCUGGGCGCCAGGGCGGAGGGCGCGGGAGGAGGAGGGGGCGGCGCGGCGCUGCUGCGGGCGGCGGUGGCGGCCGCCACGGCCGCCGCCCCGCCCACCGACGCCGACGAGGACGACGACGCGGCCGCGCAAGGGCGGGUGCACUUCGCGCGCACGUCGCGCCGCCUGCCGCAGGCCAUCAUCAUCGGCGUGCGCAAGUGCGGCACGCGCGCGCUGCUGGAGAUGCUGGCGCUGCACCCGCGCGUGCAGAAGGCCGCGGGCGAGGUGCACUUCUUCGACCGCGACGACAACUACCAGCGCGGCCUCGACUGGUACCGCCGCCGCAUGCCGCACUCCUUCCGCGGACAGAUCACCGUCCCGGAGCGCAUCUACGCGAUGAACGCGAGCGUGCGCCUGCUGCUGAUCGUGCGGGAGCCCGUGACGCGCGCCAUCUCCGACUACACGCAGCUGCGCAGCCACGCGGCCACGGCCGCCACCGCGCAGCAGCAGGUGCAAGUGCAGCAGGCGCAAGCGCAGUCGCCCGGCCGGCCGCCCCCGCAGCCGCCGCCCCCGCCCCCGCAGCCCCCCAGGACCUUCGAGCAGCUCGCCCUGCGCCCCGACGGCUCCGUCAACACGGCGUACCGGCCCCUCGCCAUCUCCAUGUACCACACCUACCUGCACCGCUGGCUCGAGGUGUUCCAGCGCCACCAGCUGCUGGUGGUGAACGGCGACGCGCUGAUCGCGGACCCGGUGCCGGAGCUGCGCCGCAUCGAGCGCUUCCUGGGGCUGGAGCCGCGCCUGGGGCCGCACAACUUCUACUUCAACCGCACCAAGGGCUUCUACUGCCUGCGCAACGCGACGGCGGGCAAGUGCCUGCGCGAGAGCAAGGGCCGGCGCCACCCGCGCGUCGACCCGCGCGCCGUCGGCAAGCUGCGCCGCUUCUUCGCCGAGCACAACCAGCGCCUCUACGAGCUGCUCGGCCAGGACCUGGGCUGGCCCGAGGAGUGAGCGGCGGGGCGGGUGCGCGCGAGCGCGAGCGCGGGCGGCG